AAGUUGACAAACACGUGAGGUCCGUUAAGUCUGACCGGCAGUCGGAGUUGGAACCUCCAGUUUGGGCGUGAUCAUGUUUCUCCAGUAUUACCUCAAUGAACAGGGAGACCGGGUCUAUACCCUGAAGAAGUUUGACCCUAUGGGACAACAGACCUGCUCGGCCCAUCCUGCUCGGUUCUCCCCAGACGACAAAUACUCUAGACACCGAAUCACCAUCAAGAAACGUUUCAAGGUGCUGAUGACCCAGCAACCGCGCCCUGUACUCUGAGGGUCCCUUAACUUUCAUGUCUUUCCUGCCGCCUGCUACCCUCUGAGACUUUCCGAAACCAAGCUCUUCAAUUUGUGAGCCUUGAAGCCGUCUUCCCAAACUUGCUUCUUGGAAUCCGGUGUCAUCAUUAUCUUUGAUCAUGCGCGUGCGAGGCGAUCAUGGUUAGCACCACUUUAAAGGGAACAAGUUUGAAUCUGUUUUUCAUAUUUGACUCACUGUCAGGUUAUUAAAAUGAUUUGAAAAAGCAUUCAUUUUACAUGUUGUGGGGAGAAAAGAGUGGUUUUAAAAAAGAGGGAGAUGAAAGGGAAGAAUAACCCACGGAUAAGAAACAAGGGGUACGCUUAGAAGAAAUUAUUAAGUAGCUGUUGUAGCAGUCGUGCUGUACCGUCAGUGAUAACAGGGUGUUGGGGAAGGAAAGGAAAGGAAAGGUUGAGAAAGACUUUUACGUAAUUGUCAGCAUUCACUGAAAAGUAUUCCUGUGAUAAUAUAAGUAAUUUCUUGACCCUUGAAAUGACAUUUUGACUCAAAAUGGAAGAGUUUUUUGACAAAUAAUAACUAUUGUGAAGCGAAG